UGCCAACACCUAGAAGUAAUGCUGUUUCGAGUUACGGUGCUCCAUGUGGUCUAAAUUAUACUGUGGUUAAUCAAACCACCAUUAGCACUUUUCCUAUAAAGGGUAAUGUUACACUCGACUUGCUCCAUGCUACCAAUGGUACUUUGUUCUAUUAUUAUUCUACCGAUGGCAUUAAUUUCGUUCUAGUGGCAGAUUCAAAGAAAUAUAUUAUAACUAAUCCAACGGGCGAAAAUGUAACAACUUCCGUUGAUUUGUCUAAAGCCGGUGCAACUGUUGGCAGUCAAGGUAUUCUUCAAUCAGUUUAUCUUGAGGGUAAUAAUACUUCUCCAACCAAUACGACAUUGUACGAAUGUGCUGAUAUUAAGAUCACUGCGGAAGGUACUCCUCCAGGCCCUGUCGCAAAUGUAAAUCAAAGCGCUGGUUCUAUUAAUGUUCCCCAA